AUGGCGAAAGGAAAAGAAAGAGCCAGGGGACGGGACAACAACGAUGUCACGCACGACAAUACAUUUCAGAAUAGUGACAACAGCGUUGCUGUGGUUUCAGGAGGUGCGCUGGAUGCCAGGUUGAAUACAAAACCUCUGGUAAGCUCUACCAAUGUUGGAUCUCGCAGAAAACCCCAGCUUCGGCCUCGCCCGGUCCGACGCGUUCAACAUGCGACCGACUUGGUCCCCGCAACAGCCCGUGUUGCCGUAAACGAUCUGCCAUUGCCUCAACAUUGUGAGGUCGUUGGAACAUUAGUAUCGCUCAGCCGUGACGACAACAACUUUCAAGAACUCAAUGCAGCGCUCGGAGCAGUGUUCGACCCUGACAAGAUUCAAAAGACGACCUUCGUCGAACCUGUUACGAACACGAACUCCAAGAAUCGCCACUUCUUUCGACGAGGUAAAAGUUUGUACAGUGGACUCGAUCCUACAAAACCUCCGCUCCAUGACAUCGACCAAAUCUUCCUUGACAUGGCAGAGAAGGCACUUACGCGCCAUUUCGAUGAAGCAUGCCGUACUUUUGAGGAGCAGGCGUUGAAAAUUUUCACGUUGUGUUCUGGCACAGAUUCUCCUGUCGUGGCAACCUCGCUCAUCAGUCGAGCGUUGAGACAACUGUGCGUCAACAAUUUCAACGUUAACCAUGUGGGAAGCUGCGAGAUUGAGCCCGUCAAGCAGGCUUUUCUCGAGAGAAAUUUCCAUCCCAGUGUAUUGUUUCGCGAUGUCACCGAGUUCAUCAAUCAUGCCACGCAUCCCAACGAUGACAGAUAUCUGCCGCGAACAGCAUACGGAGCACCAGCUCGUCCACCGAAACAUGUGAACUUGCUCGUCGCAGGCGCAUCCUGUGUCGACUUCUCCAGCCUCAACUCAAACCGACCAGUAUUUGAUCCUACGGGUCAGCAAGGCGGUGAAUCUUCAACAACCUUUGCGGGAAUCUUUGCCUACAUGGAAACCUACCGGCCUAACCUGGUCAUUUUGGAGAACGUGGAAUCAGCAAAGUGGGAGAAGAUUUCGGAUCGAUUCAAGGAAAUCCGAUAUCACUGCCAGGUCGUCAAACUAGACACCAUCAACUUCUACCUCCCACAAACACGGAACCGAACGUACUGCUUCGUAAUCGACGAGGAUCAUGCUGACCGGGUCAAUCUCAAGGUUGCACAAGUAUCCAAGGACUGGGUUCAACUCUUCGCCUAUUUUCAAAAACGUGCGACGUCGCCAUAUCCAUCGUUCUUGCUUGACGACUCAGACCCGCGUCUAAUUUUGGAAAAGGCAAAGAAUUUCUCCGUCCCGUCAGUAGGAAGGACCCAGGAAUGGGACUCUGGGCGCAGGAUUCAUUUCGUCACCCGAACUCAGCUCCAUCUUGGUUCCGAUACCCCAUACACACAGAUGAGAGACCAUCCUCCUUGUAACAUGGACAACUACGCAUCGCAGACAUGGGCCAUGGGCCAAUCAGAGCGGGUUCUAGACCUGCUUGACAUUCACUACCUGAACAACGCUAUCAGUGCUAAGCGAGGGACGAAGACGACAAACUUUGAUAUGCGGUACAAACAUCGCAAUGUCAACUACAGCCAAAACGUCGAUCGAGACCUGAAUUCUCGAAAAUGGGGCAUAGUGGGUUGCAUAACGCCCAAAGGGUCCCUCUAUGACACCGUCCUAGGACGACCAUUGGUUGGCAGUGAAACCUUCUCUUUGACAGGAUUGCCCAUCGGGGACCUUAGCCUCAAUAAGGAGACGUCUGCACUGCUUCAAGAUCUAAGUGGCAAUGCAAUGAGCACCACAGUGGUCGGUGCGGCCAUCCUGAGCGCGAUCCUUGCUAUCCAGAAGCAGCAAGUUGGGUUCUUCGACAGCUAUGUAAAAGCAGCUCGUUCAAGUAGCGAGCUCAAGCCAUCAUCGGAGAUGAUGCUUCUGCCGUCGCGACAAACUGCUCAGGAGAGCGACAUAUUCAAUCACGAGACUCAGCAAGCCGGUACCCUAACUCUUCCAUCACUCGAAUACCUUGUCGACGCAAUGAACAGAUCCACUCCAUACUGCCAUUGCGAAACCUCAGGUCAGCAUGCUGCUGCAGGAUUGAUAUUCUGUCCCCAAUGUUUCUACACCAGUUGCACUACCUGCUGUAGAAGACCACACGGCGGUAUGGAGAAUCUCAUAAUCGACAGCAGACGCCCGUCGGACGACUUCGCUCGAGAGCUUACUCUGAUGCUGCCGGCAGUCCUUGACAUGAAGCUGGCAUGCAGCAUCAAUGACCUACCUCCGUUUUCAUGGGGGGAGCAGUCAUCACGAAACGAAAAGUUUUCUGACCAACUACGGUAUCUCCUGUUUACUACGCUAAACGAAACGGUUCGCUUUCGAGAGGUCAAAUUUGACCGCACAUGGAGAGUCAUUUACGACUCCAAAUUUGCAAAACUUGAGCUGGAGUUCAUUCCCGGACCCUUUCGCAGUAAAGAUGGCAAAGAUUCAUCUACACCUCUCCCCAUCUGGCGACUGUUUGCGAAGCCUAGGGACACGGAACCAGUAAACAGUAAGCUAAGGAGCCUUUUCCAACAUCAAAUCGCCGAAAUGUCGGUGGAUACCAACUUGCUAUCAGGCUCCUGGGCUUUCUGGAAUGGCGUUUCUAAGCAGAAGGUCAAAAUUCAAGCACAUGGAUCUACAGUACCGUCUUGGAGAAGUCAGCUUGGUCUUGAACAUGAAUCCGGUAUCGACGAUCGUGUCUUCACACGGCUGGAGGUCAAAGCUCCUGAUAAUUACACUCAUGGAAGAGGAGACGUCUUGAAUUCGAGUUUCGGAAAAUACGUGCUACUACCAAAUUGCCCUGCCGCAUGCCAGACGCUGCACAAGAAAGUUUCAGCCAAUGACUCUAACGCCUCAACUUUUAUGUACCUCAAACCCGAUCCUUUGCAAGAUUCCCAUCUGGACUCUGUUGUGAUAUCAACACAGCCAGCUCAUCGAAAUAUGCAAGAUGAACGCUCAACCUUGACAAAGUUUCGUCGCGGGUGGAUAUUUCCUCACGGUCCAAAUGAACAUCUCUCGCCCUCAGAGCAAGAGGUCGAAUGUGAAGUGUUCAACAACUGGACCUUACUUCCCGAACUCAGUAUGUGCCCUGCUGCUGAGGAGAAUGAAUUCAAGUUAUCGCGCCCGAGAGUGCUUCCACCACCAGAGUACACACGGAAAAGUUGUGAUGAUGCAGGACUGACGAUUUUCUCGCUGGCAAUAUCCUUGGAUGCUGCAUAUAAAGACCAAUGGACCCUUGAGGAACCCAUCUUUAUUGAGAUCGAAGACAAACCUGAGGCGCUGAAAGACUUUGUCGCGUUUCUGGCUCAUGCUACAAAGCUGCUUGACCCUCCUGCAGAAUGGAAGACCGUAAGCGUAGCAGCGGGUUGGAGCUGUCGCACGUGUCUUCCUAAACUUCCUGAUCUUGAAUGGGUGGUCAAGGACAAUGUUCUCACAGCCUUUGAAAAUCCGAGACAAGCAAAAGAAUUCGAGCAUGCCUUAGAAAUACGCCCAAAGGCCGCAACAGCCAUAGUGGUAAGAAGCACGGACACUGCUCACCUUACCGUAAAAAUCAACCUGAAGACUUUGGCACAUCGUGCUUCAUCUCUCCUUUACGAACCUGGCAGACUGGAACUAUUGUCCACUGCCCAAUGGCGCAUCGUCCCUUACAACCGCUUUGCGCUUCAUCCCACUUUCGGCCCUUUCGACCUUUCUUCAAAUGAUAGUGAUGUGCCGAUCUCGUAUGGAGUCGUCGGAAACCGGACUUUAUGGCAUUCCCAGAGACAGAUCUUGUCUUGGAUGCAAAAUCAGGAAGAGAAACCUGAGAAGUGGAAAGAGCUGUCUCAGAUCGAGUGUCGGGUUCCCUCUCUUGGCCUGAACACUGAAGUGAAAGCUUUCUCUGAGAAAAUUAUUCGAGGCGGCAUCAUAGCAGACUGUGUUGGAGGUGGCAAGACGACUACCUCCCUGGCACACAUCUACCAUGGCUACAUAUCAGGAAGACUAACUAAGGACUCCACAAGCCAUGACUCCUCCGGUCUGAUUGAUAGUGAUGCCACGCUGGUUCUUAUGCCGAAAAAUAUCCUGGCGCAGUGGGUUAAGGAGCUCAACGAAUGUAUCCCGUCCUGGACCGUGUUAACACGAACCAAAAAUGAUAAAACUGUCAAGCCAUGCGACACCAAACCUAUUGGGCCUUACUACAUUGUGGUCACGAAAACUUCGGAAAUUCUGGACUAUUCUAUCGAAGAUUUCAAAAACGCCGCUCUCAUACUUGCUCCCUUCAACAUCCUCGAAGACGACCAAUACUACAAGAAUUUGCAAGAUCAAGCUUGCGCGCCGCAUGUGCCAAAUGUUCCCGGUCGCGCGUUCAAACAAUGGAUGGAUCAAGCGAUGCAUGGCUUGCGUUCUGUUUGCGGUUUCCUGCCAUCUGAUACUGCACAAGCAUGGAAUAAUUGGGAAAAAUUACGCUCCGAGAUUCCCAAUUAUGACCGGUUUCCUGAAACGUUGACUCGUAAAACCAAGAAAGCACAGAAGUCUGGAAAGUCAAAGACUGCUGCAUCCAAUGAUGAGUCUGGUGAGACGUCAGAAGCAACUUUCCGAAAAGACUUCGAGGAGAAGCUCCAAGCGUUCCAAGACAAGGACAAGUUUGAGCCCCUUUUCCACUUAUUCCAUUUCUCACGAGUCAUUGUGGAUGAGUUCACCUAUGUUGCGGGGAAGUGUCUUCUUGCCCUACUCAAAAUCAACGCACAGGCAAAGUGGUUGCUUUCUGGUACGCCCCCGAUUCAUGACUAUGAUGGUGUGAACACCAUGGCGAAGCUUUUGGGUACUCGUGUGUCCACAUUUAACGAACAAGACGGCAAGUUUGGAUUUGGAAAAGAUCGAGCUAAAAUGGUCAAAGACAAAUCUGACGCUCAACGAUUCAGAUACUUACAAAAUGUUCUGUCAGCCGGUUACAAGAAGAGCAUGUACGAGCAUGCUGAGAGCUUCUUGAAGAUUUUCGUCCGAAAAAACAAACCAUCAAUCGAGGGAAUAAAAGUGAUGUCACAUGAGCAUUAUUUCACUCUCUCGGCGUCGGAAACUGUGGCGUUGGACAUGAUGAAUGAUGCGAUAGCGAAAGGCCAAUGUGAUUUCACACGAAAAUCACCAAAUUCAAAGCAACUCGAGGGUGGGUUGCGAGGCCAGAUUCAAGCAGCUGCCCAGAGCUGUGGAAGUCCGGAAGCUGCACGCCUUUGUUUGUCAUCCUUUCUUCACACAAUCCUUGACCUCAAAGAGCAAGGAGCACAGCAAUAUGAAGAGAAAGGACUGUCUCUUCUGAAGCAUCAACUUGAGGCACAGUGCCUCACCCUUGCAGACAACCUCCUUGAACACCUGAGGGGUCUGUGGCAUGCCGACGGGUGUCAGACAGCAACCAAAGUGUUUGACGACCUCAUAGACGAUAUCAACAACGCGGGCACCGAAGAGACCGAUGUCGUCCCUCUGUUGAGACAAAUGUCCCAAUACGCAGAGGCCAACCCAAAGCCGCCCGUCCCAAACUGGGACACCCUCAAAGCCAUCCAGAAAGGGAAGGCGGUCGACAAUCGGACCACACGUGUCCGAGAACUCAUCCCAUCCCUCUCCGAGGGGAUGGGAAAAUUGAGGUUCAUGAACUUGGUGUCCUCGGUUGUGAGGUCAGAGGCACUCCAGGCGUGCAAUGCCUGUUCCAAGCCCGUUGUGGACUAUGACAAAGUCCACAUCUCAGUCAAGUGCGGCCACAUUGUGGCCUGUUCAGGGUGUGCCUCGGCGUCUUCGCAUCCUUUGGGAUGCUGCAACUUGUUCCGCCCCGGGGGUAUCAAACCGGCUUGCCGGUUUGUUGUUCGACAGCUGGACCCUAGCGUCCAGCAUGUCGCGGAUGUGGUGAGAGGCACGAUGGCCCAAGCGGCCAUCUCUCUCAUCAAAGGACGGAUUCCGCCGGGGGAGUCCGUCGUCGUGUUCAUGCAGUUUGCAUGGACGCGAGUCCUCUUCGUCGAGGGGUGCCGCCGAACCGGCAUCGCGGCGUACGAUGCCUGGGGAGGCGACACCUCCUCGAUCGAAGACUUCAAGGAGGCCGCGGGGACAGGGCAGGCUGUCCUCGCCUUGAAGGUGGACUCGGAGGACUCGGCGGGCCACAACCUGCAGGUGGCCAACCAUGUUGUGUUUUUGGGCCCGGUAAUGGGCAUGACGGGGGCGGAGAGGGCCGCGACGAUGGAGCAGGCAGUUGGCCGCUGCCGCCGACAUGGCCAGCGAAAGCUGGUCCAUGUUUGGCAUUUGGCUCCGGAGUCUGUGUAG